AGAGCAGACAGAUCAUCAGGGCCACCUUAGCGCUUUGUUGCUGCUUGUAGCCGAUUUAGUUUAGAAAACUACGUGAACGUGUUUUGAAAGUGGCUACGGAUGCGCCGGUAUCGAUAUUUACAUAGCAGUGGAUAGUGAAUUUAUUUAUUUAUUUGUCUUUUUUUUGUGCAUUAAGGAGUUCGGAAGAAUAUAUUGUGUAACUGUUUUUAAUUUAAAUAGUCACUUAUAUACAUACAUACAUAUAUAUAAAUAUAAUAUAUGUAGAUCAUACAUACAUAUGUAUUAGGUACCUCAUUCAUAAUCAACAAAGUGAUUUUCAACUAAAUUAAAACAAUAAUAUUUUUAAGUAGAAUUUACAUAUUUGGAUACGAAGAGCGAAAGCCAGUGGUAGAAAAUGUUUCGUUGCACCAGAAAGCGCCUGAAAUUCACCUUAUUCGCAUUCAAUGCAAUAUGUGCUGUGAUGGGGAUAAUUUUAGUAUGGUUUGGAGCUUGGCUAUACAGUAAUAUUACAGAAGUUGAUAUAGACAACAGUGAGACUUUGAUUGCUACUGUUAUUAUCGUACUCGGCAAUGUUUUACUUAUAAUGGCGGCAUUUGGUUGUGUUGCUACUUACAGAGAGUCCAAGAGCAUGUUGAUAGGUUAUGCUGUGAUCUUAAUUAUUUUAUUGGUUAUACAAAUGUUCAUUGUGAGCAUCAGUUAUGCCGCGGCUAAUGGCAGUCUCUCUAGUGGCCUACAACGUGGAUUCGAUGAACUUUGGGAUAAAGGAUAUACUAACUUAAAUACAACUUUGUCAUUUUAUGAAGAGUGGCUCCACUGCUGUGGCAAGAGUAGUGCCAAUGAUUAUUUUCUCAUGGACAAAGUCCCACCACCCAGCUGUUGCCGCUACCAGGAUUGCACAAAUGUUCUAAAUCUGUAUGUGGAUGGUUGUGAGAAGAAAUUUAGUGAUUAUGUGGGUGAGAGGACGAAUAGUUUCAACAUUGUCAGCUGGUGUUUAAUUUCAACGGAGUUUAUUGGCUCUGUAUUUGCUUGCAUUUUGGUUGAUAGCAUCAGAAAUUAUCGCGAUCGCAUACGUUUUUACAACUGAGCAGGAAUACGAAUAAGGAAAAAAAAAAUGCGAAUACCUCGUUCCUUUGCACAGCAUAGUAUUGUUAAAUUAGUAGCCGAAAAUUCGUCGACUCAAUACAUUUUUGUUUUUGUAUAAAUAGCGGAAUAUUUAUAGUAUUUUAGUUUAUUGAUUAUUAUAACGCAAGCAACUUAAACCUAAAAUCCUAGUUAAGGUUUUAUAUUAAUAUUGAAAAAAUUGUUGUUUAGUUGUAAGUUAUAAAAUUGUAUGAUAGCCUUGAAGAAAAUUAAACCCAUAAGCAAAUAUAUA